GUGUAAGCAAAGCACAGGAAAGCACCUCGUAUCAAUCUUGCCAAUAGAGGAAGGUGUGGUACAACCAGAGGCUUGGAAAAUUGCCAGGUUGACAUCAAAAUAGGCGGGGUUUGAAGAAGUGAAAGCACCAGGGGCCCAGGGAGGGAACAGACAAGGACCUUUUUUUACUAACUAUGUUAGAAAACACAUCUGACCUCCUCCCCUCAUCUAUUCUUAUCCAAUCAACAGAAGGUCAGUGGUGGAAAGGAAAGGACACGACCUUAGGGGAUUGUGUGUGGUGAAAUGGGUGUGUUGCUACAUAUAGCAUGAAAAUAAGAGAACUAUCACCAAGUUUGUUUGUUUGAUAUGUCUCUGUGAAAAGUGAAAAAAGUGCCGCAAUUAUCUGCUCUGGUUGUGAACAGAUUAUAACAAUGCCAUAGCAUCCUAACUUUGCAGGAUAUAGUUACAAAAUGUUUCAGAUGUGCAGGUGGAAAUGAAAUUAUGCAUGCAGGCCAAAUAGUGACAGUUUACAUAUCUUAUGAUUCACAAAGGCUCCUACAAAAAGUGUCAAAUAAGCAGCCAUAGCACCGACAUAUGUUAGCCCCACAUCAUGGAAUUGCUGGGUCUUCUUUAACAUCACAUAGCUGAAAAUGUAACUUGUUGCAUCUGAUAAAAGCUCAGGACUUAAGGUAUCUACAUACAAGCAGAAAAUCCCUCAAAUAUGAUAGAGCCUGAAUGCAGCACAAUACAAAGACGCAAGGACUGAGAUUGAUGCUUGCGACUUAAUUUUUCAAAAACUAAGUUUUAAUCUUUUUUUUUUUAAAUUAGGGUUGCAAAGUAGCUGUCUCUGAUUAACAUAACUAAUUUGAUAGAUUAACUAUGUGUGAAGCUGGUCUGUGUUGUUGUUUUUUUGGCAGUCUGUAUGAUCUGUAGAUUGAAUGUGAGAGGUUGUGGUUGUCCACACUUAAGCAGAAGGAUCAAGUUCUUAUUUUGUAUCUCCAGCUAUUUUGGUAGUCGGGUGUUUGAAGGAGGACACUGGUAUCUGCACAGCUUAUUAAAACCGAUCUCUGAAUUCGGAGCACCGGAGCAUUGUAUGUCUUCCAGUAUUAAUGUUGCAAAAGAAAUAAUAUCAAACUACAUGUCUACAUGUGUGAAGCAGUGAAUGCUGACUGCAGGUUCAGUGUAUUUUUCUACCUGUCCAGUCCAAUUUGACAUUUCCCUGCCACUUUCAUUGCAGCCAAAAUGAGAAAAAUUCAAGGAUUGGACACCUCUGCCAAACCACAGGACAUAAAUUACAAAAAUUAUGACACUAUAAUUUCCCUGCUUGUCAUUUUUUUCCACAGCAAUAUAGGUUGACUGCUAAGUGGCUACUACUGGAUACCACAUAAGAAAAGGAAACUAUUUCUUAAAACUUCAUACUAUGACUCAAUUUAGAAGCUCUGUUUUAUUAAUGGUUUUAUUCCGCUGAAGAUUACAGCCUUCAGUUCUGUAUCACUGUACUUUAAGUGGAGUAGACAGCACGCUUGCUCCCUCAGACAUUUCUACUGUGCAGUAAUUAACAACAUACUCUCAUGGGCCACAUGGCAGGAGUAUAUAUAGGCCCCUCUUACAUUUCCUUCAUGUUCAGAGGCCAGUGGGGAGCUUCACUAGGAAUCACUUUUCCAGGGGACACUUGCAGUUCUAUCCAGGGGAGGGAUUUCAAACGCAGGCGGGCUUUUCGUGCUUUUCUGGGGCGUAUUUAUAGUGGAUGAGGUCAGGGCAGUAGAAGCAUGUGGGAUGGCCUUUUUCAACCUAGCCAUGUUAAGUGAUGCUGCAGGCCGCAGGGGUGGAGCAAUGACGCACCAUUCCAUUCUAAAUCUAAACCUGUAUGUUUAUGACAAUAGUAGCCUGAGCACGGGCUGCAAAACUGUGCACGUGGUGGCCACCAAGACCUUUCCAGCUAUAAAGUGGACAGGUCUUGGAGGAGGUUCCAGGGCAGGACACAUAAACCUGCAAGCCAAUCACAAAUUCUUCAUUAAUGAGCUUGAGAUUUCAUUAUGUGACCUCUAAAGUGGGGUUUGAUGGAUUUGUUUGUUUUUUUACUUAAAGAAAAACCUGUCAAAAAAAAUUUGUUCCCAAAAAACUAAUAUUGAUUAAGCUUGUCAGUACAGUACACUUUAAAUAGCUGAGUACAUAGAUAAAAUUCAGACUGGACCCUACUUGGGGAAUUACACUAAUUUACUUCCAGAUUGUAAGGGUACUAACUUCUUUCAUGUAAUGACGAUAAGCUAACUAAAUGAUUGCUGCUAGAACAGUAUUUAACACUUCAUACAUAAAGGGACAACAAUAUAGGUGUUAUUCUCUACAAACAUGGAGUUAGAAAACAUUCUGUGCUUGAGCCCUACAUUAUGAGUGUGUAAGUGCAAUGUCAGUAAGAUGGAAAGCUGAUCUCACGGAAAGUUGCUGGUAUUAAGUAUUAUCAUACAGCAUGGAGGAUGAGAAAGCUCUCUUUACCUGCCAUAAUCUUUGCCAAGUAAAGUUUUAAAAUUAUUACAACACUAAAUAAUUGGCAGCAGAUUAAAUAACAUAUGGUGGUUGGAAAGACCCCAAAAUAAUCUCAUUCAAAGAUUUUGUUCAGAUCACACUUCUGUGGUUAAGACAGAGCUAAAUAAAUCCUGGUUACACCUUUCCUUGUCCCUGUGGAAACCAGGCUAUCAUCUGUCCAGCCCUACCCCCUCAGAACAGAUUAGUGUAAACGAUCCUCAUUUCCAAUGGUAGGUAACACAACACAGAUUAUUAUUCUGUGCUACAGGGGUUUGUGUGGACUCUUCCUGCGGCAUGAAUCAUUAAACAAGUAACUGUAAUCAAUACAGACAGCUUGGUUCUCAGGGUGACGGUGAGCUAAUGCAUGCAUGCAUGGAGACCAACUGAAGUUGACUGCUUUAAAAACAAAACUCCGAUUGCUUCCCUUCUAUCAAGGAUUUUGAAGACAAAUGGCUUGAUUAAGCUACUGAAAGCAAUCGAUCAUCCGUAAAUAAAUUCUUAAAAAAACUGAUUGGGUUGUAUUUUGAAUAUUUAUCUUAUUUAAUGAAGAAAGAAGAGAAUAGGCAGAAUGUGGAGAGCUGUAAGUUAUCAGUGAAUAAAAAAAAAAAAUCACAGUUCAUGGUGCUGUGGGUUUUUAAUACAGGCAUCUAUUUGUUGUGUUGUUUUCACUGCAUUUUACUUUUCCACUUUAACUGUGUUCCUGAUAAGUUGUGCCUGUAUUGGUUGAAAAGUGGACUGGAACUUUUUAAAGUCACAGGAGGUCAGUAGGAUUUUAUAAUGAAAUCUAAUAAGAAGAAACAUUACAAACAUCAAAGUUAUAUCUGUCCUGUGGACACAUUUUGUAAUACUGAUGCAUUUACUAGUCCAAAGAAAAGCACCUGGUCACUAUUAAUCUGAAAAUCCUUGGCACAGUGUUGCAGUAACCCAUGGCAACUGCUUCUGUGUCAACAGAAAUCUUGAACAAGGCCAGCUGCUGCUGUCCAGGACUGUGCAACACCAUUGGCUGCCUGAAUGAAUGACUUGCUAACUUUUCUAUUAUGCAUGCCGGUUUACCUUUAGUGCGUUCUUGAGCUCAUUCUCAGGUAAACAGAGCUGAGAGGCAGCUUGUCACAAGACACUGUUGAGCAACUGAGAGGCGUUCAUCUUGGACCAGUAGUACCACUUUGAACCCUUGCAGGCUUUGAAAAAUGGAGUUGAUUGGAUCCACUCUGACAGCAACAUAUGCUCGGCCAAAAAGCAGCCACUUUCUCCCUGCCAUCUCCACUAUGGCAUCCAGCUAUCGAAACCCCCAGGCAGCCCUGGCCAUGAAUCCCAGUGCCAGUCUGUGGAGGACAAACAGCUAUUACAAGAGCAACAGCACUAUCCCAUCUCCUUCCAUAAAACGAGAGAAUUUAGAUCUGGUUCGUGCCAAGACGGUGUUGUACCCAUCCAACAGGAGUGCGCUGUCCACCCGCUACACUCCAGAUGACUGGUACAAGUCCAACCACAACAACUACAGGGAAUCCGAGUCUUCCCGGAAAAGCGCAGAGAGACUAAGAAAAGACACCAUCAGGCUGAUGCAGGAUAAAGAGCAACUGACCAGACGAACCCAGGAGAAUACCAGCAAGAACAUAGGAGAAAGGCUCAAUGACAUUGUCUUUUGGAAGUCUGAGCUGAGCCAUGAGAUUGACAACAUGGUGACAGAGAUAGCAGCUCUUAAUGAGGUCAAAAGGAGGCUAGAGAGAGCCUUGGCAGAGACUGAGGGGCCCCUUCAGGUGUCUCAAGAGUGUCUGUACCACAGAGAGAAGCGGAUGUCCAUUGACCUGGUACACGAUGACGUAGAGAAAGACCUCAUAAAGGAGGUAGAAGUUAUAAAGUCAUGUCAAGAAAGGAUGAGGCGACAUCUGGACAGAGCCAUUGCUCAGCUGGCGUCAAACCGAGCAGCUCAACAUGAGUUGGAAAGAGAUGUUAGUGACAAACUGACAGCUCAGAGGAUAGAUCAAAGGUGUCACCAUUUAAGGAACACAUCAGAUGGUAUUGGCUAUUACAGAGGAAUUGACAGACUAGACCCUUCAAUCUCUCUGCCUGACUCGUGGUCCAAGUUUACAGAUGACAACAUCCUGCAUUCCCAAAGCGAGCGAGCUGCCUCCCACAAGCUCAGGGAUGAGAUAGAAAUCCUGCUGAACACCACUUCCAAUGAAAUGUGGAACCAGUUCAACAAUGUCAACGUAGCCUUCACCAACCGCAUAUCAGAAACCGCUGAUGCCAAGAACAGCUUGCAAACACACCUGGCUAAGACUCUACAAGAGAUCUUUCAGACUGAGAUGCUAAUUGAGUCAAUAAAGAAGGCUCUCAGAGAUAAAGAGUCCCCAUUAAAAGUGGCCCAAACGAGGCUUGAGGAGAGGACCCGCAGACCCAACGUAGAGCUCUGCAGGGACAAUCCACACCACAGACUUGUGAGUGAGGUGAGAGAGAUCGAGGACACCAUUCGGAAACUUCAAGAGAGGCUGAUGGAGGCCGAGAACACUCUGCAGACUUUGGUGAAGACCAAAGUAUCCCUGGAACAUGACCUAUCUGUCAAGGCCAAUUCGCUUUUCCUGGACCAAGAGAAGUGCAUGAGCAUGCGCAAGAGCUUUCCUAGCAUGCCCCGUCUGGUGGGCUACACCUAAAACCAAGUCUUAAAAGGAGAACCAUUGGAAGACCCAUAGAGUUAUUGUUUCUGUAGGUUUGGAGUGGUUUAAAUGAACGUGUGGGUGACCUAAAUGUAAACACAAUGACUUUAAAAGCAGAUAUGCAGCAGUUUAUAAAAAGAAAUAAGAAAAAGAAUCAUAUGCAAUGGCAAAAACUUGAUAUCUACAGUUAAACACAAUUACACAUAUGUUAUGCUACUAAUGUACUAAAUGGUGGAAACUUGUGUUCACACUUGCAACCUAUAUAUUAAAACCUUUAACAGAACUAUUGAC